ACCAUUUUACCACACCUGGAAGUGGAGUCGGGUUUGGUGUCCUUCGGGCAAGAGUGCGAGGGAUCACAGAGGAAGGAAGAUUCUGGGCGCCGUAACUAUUGCCGGCGAGGCUUGGACGCGGUUAUCCGUGGACAUCGCUGCGGUUUCUCUGACAAGUAGUCGCGUAGGCGAAGUGGCAAGUAGCCGGAGACGGUGGCGACGAUGGCGUUGCUGGUCGGUCGGCUCCGGUGAUGCGGGCGAUGCAGUUGGCUCGUCAGUGCUGUGAUAGUCCGGGAGGGAAGCGACCACCAAGUUCUCGCACGGUGAGGCUGGUCACCGCGAGGUCGUAGACGAGACUCUGGUACUAAUUGAUGCCCCGCGGUAUUCGCAAGACGUAAAAACUGCAGAGGCACGCACAGUAGACUGAGACACACCGAGCGCAAACCCUAACCACGAACCAAUUUUAAUUCAUUAAUCAAUCCUCAAUCCGAAGUAAAUAGGAAGAAAAAGAUUUUGCUUCUUUCUUCGGGAAUCGGGAGAUGGCUGGUCACGAGAAAGUGAAGCAGCUUGAGGAGUGCUCAGUUUCCAAUGCACUGGGGACGUGGGUAUUCUCAGUAGCAGGAGCUCUGCUUGCAAUUCCAGUGGGGAUAAAGCGAAAGUCUUUGGCACCUCUUGUGUUCUUUGGCACAACGGGAACUAUGCUUGAUAUUAUAAUGGGAAUCAGUGCUUGUGAAAGAGAACAUGCUGAACGCCAGAUGAAACUUUCAGAAGCACAAAAUUCUGUUACAGAUGCUACUUCCUUGGCAGAGACAGGAAAAGAGUCUUAAUCUCCAUCAGAACUUUGUUCCCAUUAUGAUUUUUCUGUUACUUUUUCACCUUAUCAAUGUUAUAAGGGCAUUAUUUUCGUGAGUUGCCACACUGUUUUCCCUCUGUGUUUUAUAUGUGCUUCAGUUUUCUGCAGCAUGAAAUGUCAGACCUGAUAUCUUUUGACAUUAA